AUGGAAACAAACAGUGAAUUAUUACCAUUAAUAUCUGAUUCACAUGAACGUUUUCGUAGAAUACGUGAACUUGGUUCAGGUACAUAUGGUCGUGUUAUGCUUGCAUUAGAUCGUGAUUUACAACAACGAUGUGCAUUAAAAAUUUUACAAAAAUCAACAACAAAACAUCGUGAUUUUCAACGUGAAUAUAAUUAUUCAUUAUUAUUAUCAACACAUCGUUCGAUAAUAACUACAUAUGAAGAUCGUUGUUUUCAAACACUAGAUGCAUAUAUUCUUGUACAAGAAUAUGCACCAUUAGGUGAUUUAUUUGAAUCAAUUCCACCACAACGUGGUCUACCUGAACGAGCUGUUAAAACAAUUAUUAAACAAGUUGCGUCAGCAUUAGAAUUUAUGCAUGAUAAUGGAUUGGUUCAUAGAGAUGUUAAACCAGAAAAUGUAAUGAUCUUCGAUGCUGCUUUUCAUCGAGUUAAAUUAAUUGAUUUUGGUAUGACAAGAAAAUAUGGUUCAUAUGUCAGACGUUUAAUUGGUAGCAUACCUUAUUCACCACCUGAAGUAUGUAAUGCUGUUAAUAAUGAAAUACUUGUAUCAACAACUAUGGAUGUUUGGGCAUUUGGUGUUUUAUUAUUUUGCAGUUUAACAGGUAAUUUUCCCUGGGAACAUGCUCAAGAUUCAGAUGUUUAUUAUAAUGAAUAUAUUCAAUGGCAUCGACAAUAUCCAUUACAACGUCGUUAUAAACUACCAUCACAAUGGUAUAGAUUUAGUAAUCGAUUAAUGAGAUUAUUUCGAAAAAUGCUUGAUCCUGAACCAUCAAAACGAUGUGGAAUAAUUGAAAUAAGUAAAUAUUAUGAUGAUCGAUGGGUAAAUGGUCAACUUAAUUCUCGACGACGUUCAUCAAAUGAAGAUGAAGGUGUAGAAGAAGAUUUUUCUUCGUCAGGCAGUGGAACUGAAAGUAAUACAAUAACAACAAGUAAUACUGAUUUUGAAGAAUUAACACAAAUGAUGAGAAAUUCUUUAAUUGGUUUUGAUAAUUUAAUUCCUAUUGAAAAUCAACAAUCAUUAUCAAACAUAGCUAAAACUUAUUGUUAA